AUGCGCUGUUGGACCUUCGGAGCUGCGCUAGCCGUGCUAGUAUUUGGAUCAGUGGACGCACUCGAUAACUGCGACAGCAACGUGCUCGUCAAGGCCUACGAGGGUCUCAACGUGAACGCCCAGCUGGUGUCGUGUAUGACGCAAAACAACUUCAGCGCCGCGCUCGACGGCUCCGUGGACCUCACGUCCGUGAACGCCGCCACGGCACCCGAUCAGGUCAAGAGUAUCUGCGCUUCGGAAUCGUGCAAAACCAUCCUGUCAGCGAUCGUGGGCAGCGCCAAUUUCAAUCUGACCAACUGUAUCGUCGGCAGCAAUAUUGUCCUCAUGACGGAGAUUUCCAAUCUUCAGGCUACCUGCACUGCCCUCUAUACGGCCACCCUGGCCCCGGCCGCUACGACUGCAGCACCGACCGCCGCUCCUACGCCAGCUCCUACGCCAGCUCCGGUUGCUACAACUGCGGCUCCGACGACCGCUUCUACUCCAGCACCGACGCCAGCAGCGACGCCGGCCCCUGCGGUCACAACGGCGGCUCCGACCGCCGCUCCUACUCCAGCCCUUACGCCGGCUCCGGCGGCCACAACUGCGGCUCCGACGUCCGCCCCUACUCCAGCACCGACUGCUACUCAAGCUACGACUCCAGCACCGAUGGCGGCUCCGACUGAACCCCCUGCAAGCUCCUCUGCUGCUCCAACAACUCUACCUACCGAUGCCCCUGCCACUGAAGCCCCUGCCACUGAAGCCCCUGCCACUGAAGCCCCUGCCACUGAAGCCCCUACCACUGAAGCCCCUGCCACCAAAGCCCCUGCCACGUCGACUGCGGCUCCCUCGACAGAGCCCCCCGCGACUGAGGCCCCCACCACGGCUCCUUCCACGGACGACCAGACCCAGCAGCAACAGCAGCAGAAGUUUUUUUCGGUGCUGAACUCGGACAGCGGCUCGGCUGCUGGUGUGAUGCCCGGUACAGUACAUGUACUACUACGGUAG